GACUGAAGGAGGGAAAGCAGGAGACAGUGAAGGACAGAGUGAAGAAGGGAUGGAGGGAGUCUGAGUCCUCACUAAUCCUCCGGUCUUUGGGGAGUCAUGACAUCUCAGGAGGAGGCAUCUUCCUUCAGGAGGUUUUUUCAGUAUGUGGAGGACAGCGGCCUUCGAACAUAUGAUGGUCUGGUGAUACAAAAUGCCUCUGACAUUGCCAGAGAGAGCGACCGCAUUCGCAACCAGACCAACUGGACCUACUUGCAGGAAAAACACCAGAAGAAGAGACGACAGGAGGACGCCAUUAAAAGGAUUGGUGAAGAUGUUGCCAUGGCAACAGACGGGGCAUAUUCUGGGAAACAUUUUAGGAUGGGUUUUAUGACAAUGCCGGCACCACAGGACCGUCUUCCACCCCCCAGUCAGGGCUUCACUGUUCGUUCCCAGUCCCUCCACUCAGUGGGCGGAGGAGAUGACGAUUCCAAUCACAACCGUAAACAACCACCACCCAAACCCAAGAGAGAUCCGAAGACCAAACUGAGCAGCAGUUCUGAGACGGUGAAUGGAGGCUCUGGAGUUACUAAGAGGGAUGUCCAAGAAACCAAAGAGAUGCCGGAGCAGGCUGAAGCUCAUCUCUACUCUGAGGACUACAAGAAGAUGCCUCCACCCAAACCCAAGAGGAACCCAAACACUCAGCUCAGCACCUCUUUUGAUGAAUCUUACAUCCGUAACCAUGGCAACAAGAAGUGUUCCUUGCGAUGGGACAAGUGUUCAUCCCAGAGUCAGAGUCCGGCAUCAAGGGACACAGAUGACGAGGAACCUGUCUAUAUUGAGAUGGUGGGAAAUAUCCUGCAAGAACUGAAAGGUCAGGAAGCAGUGGAGGAUGAGCAGAGUGAGUCUGUUUAUGAGGAGAUGAAGUACCCAAUGUUGGAGGAUUUUUUGCAGGACUCUCACUCUGCCAUCAUAGAUCCUGAAGCCUGGUCAUCCCGUGGCUCUCUUUGCGAUAUCCCGCCUCCUUUCCCCAACCUCCUGACUCACCGCCCACCACUGCUUGUGUUCCCCCCGGCCCCCGCUCAGUGCUCCCCUAACUCUGAUGAGUCUCCCCUCACCCCUUUAGAUGUGACCCGGCUGCCCAUGAUAGACAACGUCUCUUACAAGUCUGGUGGUGUUGAACAUCCGCAAAGCUCCACCCACCACCGCAAGGAGCGAGACCGGGACAGAGACCGAGAGAGAGACCGGGAUCGUGAACACGACAGGGAUCUUCCCUGCACUCACACCAUCACAUCCUCUGGCCGCUCAUCUGCUCCACCUCUCCCCUCGAACUUCUACAAGUCCUCUGGCUCUGCUCAUGGUGGUCAUGGUUACCCCCGCAGCCAAUCAGCAUGUCCGUCUCCUGUCAGCAUGGGUCGCUCUCUGACUCCUCUGAGCCUAAAGAGGCCACCACCAUAUGACACUCUGAUGGCUGGAGGAAGUAUGCCCCGCUCUUCAUCUUCCUCUUCAUCAUCCUCACACAGGGCCGGGGAGGGUGGAGCUAAACUUAGUAAUUCCUCCUCCACCCACAGCUCCAUGCAAAAUGUGUCAAUGAGGUCACAGACUCCCACGAGCCCAUUGGACGAACUUAACAACCUGAAUACCUCGAGUAGACAGGUGAUGAAGAAAGGAACUGGAGGGAGGAAGAGUAGAGAGAGUGAAGGAGACUCCAGGUCUCUGCCCAGGCAUGACAGUAAAGACAGGGAUGGGCAGUCCAGUCCAGUUUCCAGCAGAUUGGGGAGGUCAUCUGUCAGCCCCACCAUGAUGCUGUCAGGAGGAGGAGGGGGAGAAUCAAAGACGGCGUGUAAACUCGGACGUUCAGCUUCAACAUCAGGAGUUCCUUCACCAGGAGGGACGCCACAACGUCACCUGCAUGACCCGCAUCACCCCGCUCUCAGCCAGAUGCCGUGGCUAUGCGGCGAUGCCACCAUGAUGGAGACCAUCGAGAAGAAAAGAAUUCUGUGUCGAGAGAUAAAAGCUCGUCAGCGACCUGACAAGAAUCUUUGUAAACAGGACAGUAUGCCCAUCCUGCCAAGCUGGAAAAGGAAGCAGCCACCACCAUAUUCUGCCCCACCCACUGCCACCGCCUCCGGACAGACCACCACGGUAUUCUGGGACACCGCUAUUUAAAAUACACUGCAUCAUCACUGCAUCAUCCAUACAGACCAAAACAUGACAGUGUUCUGAUCAACACAGAGACGAAGAUGAUGACCAGGAUAAAGAGGAUGAUGGUGAUGGUGAGGACGACUGGGUUAAGGAGGAGGAUGGUGAUGAUGAUAUUUAGGUUUGGAUAUUUAAACAUGAAAAACACCAAAAUCAACAUUCAAACUGUAACACACACCCUUGUGCAGGUGUUCUCCUGUUGUCCAAUCAGAGUGCAGGGAGGCAGAGAGAGCAGGUGUAGCAAAGCUUUCUGUUAUUUUUUUAUCUUCAAAAGAUUCAGAUGCUUUUUAAAGUCUGACAGUCGUGUAGCUGUAAAAAGAAAAAAAUAAUUUAUAAACUUGUCAGUGUGAAGAAAACGUCUGUCAGUGAUGAUGUUUUUAUAUUUUAAUGAACUUUUAUUGAGAUAAAAAAAAAAAACUAUUUUAAAAUGAGAAUAUUUUACAUGUUUGUUUAAACCAUUGUCCCAAAAACACAGAUUGGACUCUAGGACAUUAACUCCAAAUUAACUCUAACUCUCUUAAUGAAACAGAUUCAAUUCUAAAAUAAAAAUAAUAAUAAUAGAGUCCUAAAAGAUUCAUAAACGAUGUCACUGUUUGUUUGUCUGAAAACCAGAAAACUACCGACAGGUAGUUCAGAUAAACAAACUUAAUGUAAAUAAAGUUUAGCUUCAAAUAUCAACAUAAUUAUUAAUAUAAUUAUUUUAUGAUCAAUAAACAUAAACUUCAGAUUUUAAACAAACCACAUCAGUUUAUCAGCAGAUUUCCCAGCAUGCAUUGGUUACAGAUUCUUUCAUAAUGAAAACAAAAAAGAUAAAAAAUUGAAUUCAACUUGAAGGUCACGUGAUGUCAGGUCACCUGAAGGUCACGUGAUGUCAGGUCACCUGAAGGUCACGUGAUGUCAGGUCACCUGAGUCUGAGUUUUUGGGACAGUGUAAAGAGCUGAUGAACAGAUGUAUUGAUUGAUUAUUAUGUAUUGAUUUAUUGAUGGAUGUGAAUGAGCUGAAUAAUUUGCAUGAUGUCAAAUCAAAGGUAACGUAAGACUGAAGCAAAGCAUUUUGGGAGUAUGAUGUUUAAUAUGCACACAAUCGUUGAAUAUGUAAUGAGCUGUGAGUUCAGAAAACAAAGUGCACUUCUUCACUUUCUGAAACAUGAUGAACAUGAUGUUCAGUCGACAUGAACAACAUGUCUGUAACAUGAAGAGAGUUUACUGGAAAGACGUCUUCAUCAGAUUAUCAAUAAUAAUAUUUAAAGAUGAUUUAUGGUGGCUGAUUCAUGACCAAUAAAGUAAAAACAUCACA